AAUGGUUAGAAGGUUUACUGUGAUAGACCGAGUAUAACCUGCUAGAGAGUAUCUCUUAUCAUUCAGCUUCGUUAAUUUCAUGGUGAUAAUCGCCGAUGAGGAGUCUAUGCGAGAGAUUGCAUUACGAAUCGCUACCGAGGAAGAACACCGACGAAAGACCGAUCCCAAUGAGACUCACGAACGGUCCAUUAUUAUCCUUGGCAGCAAGGGAGUUGGUAAGACAACGAUGGUGUAUCGAUUUCUCGAAAAGGAGGAAAGGCCGAAGCCGACCAUUGCAAUGGAUUAUUCGUUCGGCCGUAAAACUGUGAAAAGUCUAGUGAAGAAUAUAGUGCACGUGUGGGAAGUGGGUCACUUGGCUUCUUCUUUGGUGUCGGUCGCAAUGACGGGAUCCACGCUAACGCAUUCUCCUCAUCACACUGUGUUACUGAUGAUGUUGGAUUUAUCACGGCCGGGCGAGCUGUGGGCUUCCUUCGAGGAGACCAUUUCCGUGAUACGAAGCGGCCUGAAGAUGAGUUACGACGCGGAGACUGUCCAGAAAUUGCGGGAAAGAAGGAUAACGGAUAAGAAGAAGGACGUGGAACGCGGAGUCGAUCCGGUUCCGAUGAAGAUAUGCAUCGUGGGCGGACGAUACGAUGAAUUUAAGGAAUUCGACUUGGGUAAGAAGGAAUUUAUCGGCAAGACACUGAGGGCAAUGGCUCACAACUUGGGCGCGAGUCUUUACUAUUAUUCAUCCAAAGACAAGGUCCUCGUGCGACGAAUUAAAGAUCUAUUGUCUCACUAUGGAUUCGGCUCGCCGUUUACGGAGGAAAAAUGCACCGAUUAUGAGAAGCCAUUGAUGAUGCCGGCGGGCGCGGAUUCAUUCGGACGGAUCGAUUUGCAAUUCCCCCAAACGAGACCGUCGGCUAUUUUAGACACCGUCAAGCAGAUCUACGUGUCCCGCAUGCCGCAAGUGUCGAAGAGCGACGAGGGCACUCUGGAGGACCCCAGCAACGACCCCAACUUCAACGAACCGAUCAUCGACAGGCUGAGGACGCAGCGGGAAGAGGAGAGCAGCGUGCUGCUGAACGACAUGAUGGAGGGCCGCAUGCCGAAAAUUCCUGUGCCCGAUCCGUUCUAGAAGGUGCAUUCUCGCAUUUUUCGACACGUGUUUGUUGUAUUCUUAAAAGGAGAAUUCUUGAAAGAACAGGGGCGAAAAACCGCCGCAGUUUGACAGGUCGAUUCGUUGUGAGCGAUAAUACGUGAAAUUAAAACAAAGGACAGGUCGAGCGCGAUUAUCCCGUUAAAGUGGCGCAUAAGUCUCAUUAAAUGUUGAAAGGAAUACAGCGGAGAAAAUGUACAUAGAAUAUAUACGUAAUAAACUCUUCGCUACGGCAAAUUAUUCGGGCCAUUUUCGUUAAAAUCCACAUCCACAGGCGACUUUGUAAUUUCCUCUCGUGGUUCUUUCUUCGUCGUACCAAGAAGCCGUAUUACA